AUGACCGAGAAUGCGCCUCCAGGAAGCGCCAAUGCGGCCUCAGAUGCUGCCUCGCGCGGCAUGCCCUACUACGAGCGACUACGACGCGACCUGCGCGAAUCACUGCAGAAGAAGCGCAUUCUAGACAACAAUCUGCAACAACUCGAAGACAACAUCUUGCGAGUCGAGACACAAUAUCUUGAAGAGACCAGCGCUGGAAAUAUCAUAAAGGGCUUCGACAACUACAUCAAGGGUGCAGCGACCACCACAACGACAAGCGGAGCGGGCACCGCGACGCGGCGCAAGGCGCAGGUCAGCGACGUAGACAGGAUAUUCAGUCGAAGCUCGUCCAGUUUCCUGAGGGAGGCGUCGACUCCGGCUUCUGCAGGAACAACCCCUUCACACGCGGCUACACCAGUUUCGUCGUUUCCCACCCGCGAAUCGAGCCAGCCCACAACGAAUGGCGCAAGAGGGGGAAGUAAAAAGAAGAAGGCAGGAGACGACGAUGACACGGAUGGGCCGUCCGUGAAGAGGAACAAGAUUUCGUAUGGAAGGGAGUGA